GCCCGUGCCCAAGCUGAAGCCUUACGGAUUGGGGAGAUGCAUUUUUCCAUGAAGCCUGGUCCAGGGUCAGCAGCCAAGCUCCCCAGCAGCCUUGCGGCCUACAAACUGAAGAAGAACAUCCGCCGUUGCUAUCGGACAUCCAAACGGAACCUGGGACGUGCCGAGCCGCAACCGGGCCUGAGCGGGCAGAGUAGGACGUCCCUGCCCCUCCCUGAGACCGUACGAAUCAUCAACCGCAAGGUGGAGCCUCGGAAACGCAAACGGAACAGGAUCAUCCUCAACCUGAAGGUGAUUGACAAGAGCAGUAGCAAGGCGCUAGGCAAAGCCAAGAUCCCGUCUCGCAACCGCGUCAUCGGUAAGAGCAAGAAAUUCAGCGACAGUAUCCUUCGCAGUCAGAUCCGUCACAUGAAAUUCAAUAACUUUUCCGUCUACGACAAAUCCUUCCGGACUCCGGUGGUGGACGGGAGGAGGAUGGAGAGCGAUGCAGGCACCUCCUGCUCGGAGCCGAGCUUCCGAGCUCCUACUGUCCGACCCGAGCCCUUUCCUGCCCCUCCCUGCGCCCCCUGUUACGCCAGUGACCCGGUGCCCCCGGGCAGCGAGUGCCAGCGGUCGGGGGAGGCGCGUCAUUGCGGGGCCAAGCUCCAGGGCGACGCCCCGAGCCCCACGGUGCCCGACUGGAGAGAGGCGGAGGCCCUCGAUCUGUCGCUGCCUCCUGAGUCCGCUGCGGGAAGGAGGUCCCCUCCAGGGGGCCAGGAGAGCUGGGUGGGCUUGGACUCCGAGCGCGACGUUUCGGACUGGCGGCCUGAGAUGUCGCCGUGCUCCAACGUGGUGGUGACCGACGUGACGACCAACCUGCUGACCGUCACCAUCAAGGAGUUCUGCAACGCCGACAACUUUGUGAAAUCUGCCGCUGUGAAUAAGUAGCCCCGUGGCAGGGGGGGGGUGGUGGGGGGGAGGGGGGGUAACCGGCCCCCCCAACCCCCCCACUGUGUGUGAGGUGGGGGAUCCCGGUCAGCCCAGCAUUUCUGCCUCCAGCGGUCACUACCCCCUUGUAGGGCGGGAGCUCUGAUGGUAGGUCACAGGCGCCAUCCUCCCCGAUGCCAGCGUCCAUCGUUUCAGAGGGGUCAUUACCUCGCUGUGGAUGUACACACGCCUCUCCUCCCGCCCCCCUUGCUUUCCCUCCCUGUCCCUCGUUCCCCCUUCUCUCUGCCCGUCUCUAUCUCUCCCCCACCCCCUCUGCCGUUCACCUUGGCUCCCGCCCACCAUUGGGAAUUUUUUCCGAGUGAAUCUGGAGGCGGGGUUAUUGGGUUUUUUAUUUUGUUAGGACCUGGUUUUCAUGCUGCAAUUGAGAUCUUUGCCACAACACUAUCGGUUAUCAUUUAAAACGCGUAAAACCUCGAGAUACAGAGAGUAAAAAAAAAACUGCGAACGCUGAAAAUCAGACGUAGAAGCGAAAUGUGCCUGAAGCCCAGCGAAGAUUUUGGGCCUUUCCGCCUCUGCUUCUUCAGCUUCGCCUGUUUUGAUAUGUUUUUAUUUGUAACAUGAAGCAGACAACAGCCACUUUAUGGAGAUGAGACUAAACCGAUGUGAUAUCUCCAAAAUUCAGCUCACCCGAGCUAGCUGAAACUUUUCCAGCGACUUUUUUUUUAAAAAGGUCGUGAUAAACUUUUAGUACAAAUUAACUUUUAUUAUAUAAGAAAAAGCUGAACGCACUUCUUAUUUAGAGCUCUGAUUUAGCACAGAGACAUAGCUGUUUGCAACUGGGAUUAGGACUAGUCUGGGGCGGGAAUUAUAGAAUUGAAAGGAUCAUUUUGGUGGAAUCCCUGUGGGGUCAGGGUGGGUGUGAGCUGAUGAUUGGGUAAGGGCACUCAGUAGAAAGUGUCUCCCUCACCCUUGUAAGAGAAAGGCCCAUCAACUGCUGGAAGGAGUUGACAGAGACUGAAUCCCUAGGCAUCAUGUGCUUGGGAUACAAAUUGGGAAGUUUUGUAACUCCACCCCCCCCAUUCCCCUGUGCAGCUGCUUUGCUGCUACAGCUGCUGGCUCUCCCCUGCUGGUGCUCCACACUAGAGAUUAGAGAGCCAGACCGAUCCUUAACAGAUGUGCCCUCUUGUACUGGGUAAUGUGAACUGGCUCAUUUUUACUGUUUGCUCCUGCAGCCUAAUGUAGACAACUCUAGUGCAAAUAGAAAGUGGCAGAUUGAAUGGGAGGGGUUUUGAGGGUGAAACUGGCUGAAGCUGGUGAUUACUAACCACAGGUAAGUCCAGGAGCUGAUGAUUCUUCAUCACGUUGAAGAUUGAAGGUUAGCAGUUGGUGUUACAAAGUGCUUCCAGAGUUAGUGGUUGUUGAGAGUUUGUGUCUGUGCCUGGGAUAUGUUGGUUUGGGUUGGUUAAACACUCUCUCUUGUUCAACAGCAAUCUGUAAGAGCUGAGAGAAAGUAUCAGAACAGAAACAUUUCCCCAGGCGAUUGGAUGGCUAUGGCACUCUUCGUCAUUUCUCAGUCUUCAUGAAAAAAAUGCAAUGACUGAGAACAUGGCCGUUUGGAAAUGUGUGCGAUGUGACGUUGAUGUGGUUAUAAGAAUCUUCCGCACCGGUGAUGUUGUGGCGUUAAGUUGGGAGGACUGUGAUCCGAUCUGGGUUCUGGUGAGGACAGUUUCAGCUGCCGUUUCGAGUUGUGCGUUUCAGAUUCACUUUGAAAACGGGGUUUAAAGAAACUGCUUUUUGUGCCUUUAGCUAACAAAGGGCUGAUGCAGAAUUCAUUCAUUUAUCCGAUGGGGACUGCACUGAGCUGGUGAGUUACCCUGCAAUUCACCGGCUGCUGGGAUCAGUGGUUAUUGAGAGAUGGAACGUUUGAGGAUGGCUUGUUCAUUUUGUGGGGACAAAUCUGGCUGCCGUUUGAUGGAACUAAGGAGAGGAGCCUGGUGUUGCCCAUAGCCGUUAAUGCCAUUGCACGAUGUUACUGUAGGCCGGGUGCGGCCAAGAGACUUCUACCGCCCCAUUGGCUGACAUAGAAUGGGCUGAAUGGCUUCUGGUGCUGCACAAGCCUUUGAUUGUCUUUUUCUGUUGGGGUUAAUGGGAGAAUGUGGAUUUGGGUUGGUGAUCAGAGAUGCCCACAGCCUGAUUUGGUGUGUGGGAACUGGAGGGGGAGUGUUUGGACUCCAGUAUCAUAGAUGGAGCAGAUUGAUCUGCCUUUGGUGAAUUAAUCGGCAACAAUGGAGCUGGGUUUGGCAAUGACUGACGGUGAGACAUCCCAACCCCUUCCCCAUCAGCCCUUCCAACAUCUCUUCCAUCUAACCGGAAUAUUGAAAUCCUGAGUUACUCAGCUCAGCAGUGGUAGGUUCUCAUUGAUCCAGGUCAAUCUGUGUUUUUUUUCCAAAUUGUGACAAUAGCUGAUCAUUUGUUUUGCGGAGAUUCUGAGCUGCUCCAGCUCCUGACAGCUUUGCAGACCAAUGACCACCUUAGACACUGUGCGAGGAGAGAGAAAGUAACCGUUCAUAUUUCAAACUAACACCCAAAGCUGCUGAAACCAGCUCCGAAUGGUAACCGGGGAGAGAUUCCUAAGACUAUUGGAAUGAGAGAGUGGGGAAAGCCGUGUGGCAAGGUGCAAUGGGAGUGUUAUUUAACACUACUGUUCAGUCUUGUCUCCCGGUGAGGGUCAGACUUUCUCUUGUCAUGUUCACUUGCUGAGUGCCAAGGUCUCCCUGCUGGAAUCGCAGGGCCCUGGCUCAAUGUUCGGAAUGUUGUUUGAGGUGAAGCCAUGUUUUGUGAGCACGAGAGAUUCCUGUUGUUCUCUGGGAGUUCUGUUGAACUGUCUUCCUGUCCCAAUUGAGUGGGAACAUUCUCACACUCGCCUUCCAUCUCCACACGCCACAAAAAGUGCUGGUGUAAAAUGUCAAAAGUGGCAGUUUCCUGAAAGGUUAAGUCAGAUGGGAGAAUUUCUUUCGCUGAGAGCUGUGUAGGGACAUAACUGUCUUUCAUGACUCGCUGGUGUCGAUAGUUUCUUUUUGCAACAAAGAAUAUACAUAUAGUGGGCUGUCAGGUGGGACCACUGUAAUAAUUGUGUUUCUGGUUUGUGUGUCUACAGGGCCAGUAGGUAAUGAGAACAUGCUCAGUUUUAUGACCGAAGUAGUUGAUUCUUAGUUUGCAUUCCUUCAGUUUGUUAGUCAGAGGCUCUCUCCCACUUGGAGGUACAACCUCAUGUGGAUCUAUGGGGUGGAUUUGUAUUGGGCUGAUGGCUGUGAGCAGUCAACCAGAAAUGAUCUGGAAUUCUGUGCGGAACGCGAAACCCUUGUCUUUGUAGCCUAGAACAUAUCUCGAGCAUCUUGAAGGUGACUAAAUGGAGGAAUGUAUAGUCGCUCCUUCUGUACAUUUGCAACAAAAGUUUGUUGUACAGGGGAGCUGCCUCUUACCCUCUCCCAUUCACACUAAGUAUGUACUGUGGACUCAAGUUGCAUUUUACCGACACUGGCACUGUCGGAAGGUCAGCGCUGAGGGAGCGCCGCACUGUUGGAGAUUAUCUGUGAGAGAGGUUAAACCAAUGCCCUGUCUGUCCCUCAGUUAGACUCGAAAGAUAUAUUGCCUCUUGCCUGACGAGCAGAGCAGUUUCUCCUCCUGAGAGCCAAUAUUUACCACUCAAUUAACAUCUGUUUUUAAAAAGUAAAUUUGAUCUGGUUAUUAGUUCGUUGCUGUUUCUGAUGUGCUGCUAUGUUUUGUACGUUUCAACAAUGUCUACGUUUCAAAUAGUCCAGUGGUUAUAUAGUGGUUUGGGAUAUCUGGAUGUUAUCAAGGGUACUGUGUAAAUUUACAUUCCACAUCAUGGCCAACUGGUCUCAAUAAUACUCAGUCAUUUUUGUAUCUGUCUCAUGUUUGUAGAUUUACACCUUGCAUCGUGUCCUGGGGCCUGUUCUCCAAGGGAUUAGUCAGUGUUUCACUUGGAGUUGAGGUUGUCAUGGAGGACUGUCCCCAACCUCUCCCCUUGCCUGAGGCAUAGUGACCCUCGGGUUAAACCACCACCAGUCUCUCUGUAACUAGAGAGCAGCCUGAUGGUCUCUGGGACCUUUCUGACUUUAAGUGUUAAGAAGGUACCUGCCUCAGGGAGCAGAAUUCCCAAGAGUCCGCACAGUUCUGAAGAAACUGUGCAAAGCAGGAUGUUCAGGAACCUACACUGUUCCCUUAGUGGAGAAAGGCUUGUUAACUCGAUUGCUGUAGAGAGUCAGUAUGGACAUAAAUGGCUGGU